CUCCCUCCGCUCUCCUUCUCCUCCUCGCCUCUCCUCUCCCUCUCCUCCUCCUACCACUCCGCCUUUCCAGCCUCACCAGAAGCUGGCGUCGGGGCCGCUGGGCAGACCUGGCCUCAGUGCGGAGCCACCCGCGCAGCCUCCGCCGCCGCCGCUGAAGCCUGGAGGGGGAGAGCUCGGCACGACCCGCGCGGGGCGAGGGCAGCCUUUUUGGAUCCGCGGAGAUAGCGGGGCAGCCCGCCGCGCACAGCGCCCGCAGAGAUGGUUUCUGAAGAGCCCCGCAGCCGCCGGCGCGCCACGGCCUUGCCAGGCUGCGCGCACUGAGGGUGAGCGUCCGUCCGUCCUGCUUCCAGCCCUUCUGUUUUAUGGAGCUGUGUGCUGGGACCAGCCCAUCUCCCCUGCUGCCUCCUGGUGAUGCUGCUGGUCCAGGCAAAGAGAGGUCCUUGCCAGCCUUGUGGAGCCUGAGGGCUGAGGGUGCAGCGGCAGUGGCCCCCCUGUGCACCCUGGCUGACUACUAUGGCCGUGUACUGCUAUGCGCUCAAUAGCUUGGUGAUGAUGAAUACCAACAGUGAGGUGACAAGUAGCAGGAGCGAGACGCCACCUACUCCCACACAAGUGCUGCCCAGAGGCCCAGAAACACCCAGCAGCUGCCACCCGCUUCCCAUCUUCAGCUCAGCCCCUGUACCACCCCACUCUCCAUGCUGUGGCCCCACUUUCCUCUUUCCACCACUCCAGGAGCCCCCACGGCAGCUGGGCAGCCCUGGGGGGCAGCAGGGCAGCUGGGGUGAAGAGGGGCAGCCAGGACCCCCCGCAGCACGGCAACUUCAGCAGGAGCUGCACAAUGACCAGGUGAAUCAGAAAGGGGGUCUCUUUGAGGCACACAUCCAGGCACACAGCUCUGAUGCCCAGCUGCCACAAAGCCCCCAGUCAUCCCAGCUCUGGCUUACCAGCCCCACCUUGCCAGUGGCAGCACUUCGAACUGGAGCCCGACCACGAGCCUACGGGGAGAGUGAGGUGCCCAGUGUUGGUGGGGUGCAAGUCCUGCCAAGCACUGCAGAGACACCAGGGAGGCCUGCGGUGGUGGUCCCUGCAGUAGGGCUGGUGGAGGGCAGCAGCCCCUCGGAGCCAUCAGGGACUGCACCACAGCGAAGCAAGGUGGUAGUCACCCCCACAGGACUUGAAGGCCAGUGCCCAACUGUUGGUGGGAGCAUCCCUGCUGUCAUCAUCACGGACCUGGGUGGCCCAGAGGAGGAGGUGGGUGCUGUGCCCCCCAGCAGCCUGCCUGUCCGGAAGCUGUCAUCAUCCUCAGCCUCUUCCACUGGCUUCUCUUCAUCCUGGGAGGAGUCUGAGGAGGACAUCUCCAGUGAUCCUGAGCGCACGCUGGACCAGACACCAGCCUUCCUACAGACCCUGGACCAUCAGAAGCCCCGAGUGAGCAAAUCAUGGCGGAAGAUCAAGAAUAUGGUACAGUGGUCCCCAUUUGUGAUGUCUUUCAAGAAGAAGUACCCUUGGAUCCAGCUAGCAGGGCAUGCAGGUAGUUUCAAGGCUGCGGCCAAUGGCCGGAUACUGAAGAAGCACUGUGAGUCAGAGCAGCGCUGCCUCAACCGUCUCAUGAAUGAUGUCCUAAAGCCCUAUGUUCCUGCCUACCACGGGGAUGUUGUGAAGGAUGGUGAGCGAUACAACCAGAUGGAAGACCUGCUGGCUGAGUUUGACUCCCCCUGUGUUAUGGACUGCAAAAUGGGAGUCAGGACAUACUUAGAGGAGGAGCUGAUAAAGGCCCGGAAGAAGCCAAGCCUGAGGAAGGACAUGUACCAGAAAAUGAUUGAGGUGGACCCUGAUGCCCCCACCGAGGAGGAGAAUGUACUUCGGGCAGUAACCAAGCCCCGCUACAUGCAGUGGAGGGAGACCAUCAGCUCGACCGCCACGCUGGGCUUCAGGAUUGAGGGGAUAAAGAAAGAGGAUGGCACUGUGAACCGUGACUUUAAGAAGACACGGACAAAGGAACAAGUCACUGAAGCCUUCAGGGAGUUCACCAGAGGAAACUGCAAUAUUUUGAACAGUUACCUUAAGCGGUUGAAGGGUAUCCGUGCUACCCUGGAGACAUCCCCAUUCUUCAAGUGCCAUGAGGUAAUUGGAAGCUCCCUCCUCUUCAUUCAUGACAAGAUGGAACAGGCCAAAGUCUGGAUGAUUGACUUUGGCAAAACCACCCCACUGCCGGAGGGACAAGUUCUCCAGCACAAUGUGCCAUGGGUGGAAGGGAACAGAGAGGAUGGCUACCUCUGGGGUCUGGACAACCUCAUUCAAAUCCUGACAGAGUUGUCCCAGAGAGAAGACUUGCAUUGAAACCACACAUCUGGCUCUGCCACUAUCCUCAGUCUGCCCUGGCUGACUCUUCUGAACUGCACUACAAGACACUUUCCAGCCCUUGCCCUUCCCAUUUAAAAGCUAUACUCUCCCUAUU